AGUGUAACAAAUGGUUCACAGUAGCGCCAAAUGUGUGGAAAAACAGGAAGUGAACCAAAAAGCUAUUGAUCAUCUUCACUACCGUUCAAAUUAUCUCAGCCAGUGGACAAACUUUGGCGUCUUUGAGCAUUUCUGUUUCUGGUACAGCUGUUUGGUCCAGUCUGUCCUCAGUUAACACAGAAGAAGCGAAGAAGAACGAAAUCUUGCUGCACGCGGGAGGGGCUAAGAGUUGAACUUUGUAAUACUUAGUAGUAAUUGUUUCUCAAUAAGAGUGCAAAGGUCCUGUAGUGCUGUCACUAAAUUUGGAGCGUUUUGCCAGGUGUGCAUCGAUGGCUUCUGCAUGGCAAACUGUCCUCUCUGUGCACCAGAGAAUAGUGGACAAUGGAGAUAAGAGGACAGACCCGUGGCUGCUGGUCUACUCCCCAAUCCCUGUGUCCCUCAUCUUCCUUGUAUACCUGUGUGUGGUCUGGGUCGGCCCUCGUCUGAUGAAACACAGACAACCUGUUGACCUCAAAGUCGUUCUCAUAGUUUACAACUUCGCCAUGGUUGGCCUGUCUGCCUACAUGUUCUUUGAGUUCCUGGUUACAUCCUGGCUCUCAAACUACAGCCUCCUCUGUCAGCCUGUAGACUACAGCACCAGCCCGCUCGCAAUGAGGAUGGCCAGAGUCUGCUGGUGGUUCUUCUUCUCUAAAGUCAUAGAGCUCAGUGACACGUUCUUCUUCAUCCUGAGGAAGAAGGACAAUCAGGUGACUUUCCUUCAUGUUUACCAUCAUGCCACCAUGAUCUUCAACUGGUGGGCGGGAGUCAAAUAUGUAGCAGGAGGACAAUCAUUCUUCAUUGGCCUGGCCAAUACAUUUGUCCACAUAGUGAUGUAUUCUUACUACGGCCUGGCUGCCAUCGGUCCACACAUGCAGAAGUACCUGUGGUGGAAGCGAUAUCUCACGUCCCUGCAGCUGGUGCAGUUCCUGCUGUUCCUCCUGCACACAGGCUACAACCUGUUCACAGAGUGCGAUUUCCCUGACUCCUUUAACCUAGUGGUGUUUGGUUACUGCGUCACCCUCAUCAUUCUCUUCAGUAACUUCUACUAUCAGAGCUACCUCAACAGGAAGAAGCAGAAAUAAGACUUUAUGAAGGAGCUGACAUGACUGUGUGACCAAGUCAUCAGCCUGUGUCUGCAGUACUAACCAGCAUCCACUAGAGGGAGCAACAUGCUCACAGUCUGAAGGUUUACUCAGUGCUCGGCCAGUUGAGCUCUAACUGAAUAGUUGACUGAAUUACAAAUACCAUGAAGGAUCUGUGUAACUUAGGCAUUUUUGGUGAGUUAUAAUGAAUGGCAAAUGCGUCAUGAUGAUCAUACAAUUAUUUAUUUCUUAUUAGAGAAAGGACAAACAUUCAAAUGACUGAUGUAAACAAACUGUACAUUUUUUACAUAUAAUAAUAAAGUAGGUUGGUUUCUGCA